AUGCCGCCUCCAACAGAUCGGCAGGAGAUCCUGCAGAAUCUCCGGUUACAAGUCAGCCAGGGCAACCCGAUUGUGGGCGCCGGAGCCGGCAUUGGACUUUCGGCAAAGUUCAUCGAGGCCGGCGGAGGCGACUUGAUCAUCAUCUAUAAUAGCGGCCGCUUCCGCAUGGCAGGCAGGGGGUCGUUGGCGGGACUGAUGCCGUAUGGGAAUGCAAACGACGUUGUCUUAGAAAUGGCCGGCGAAGUGCUGCCGGUGGUGAAACACACGCCCGUCUUAGCCGGAGUCUGCUCCACGGACCCCUUUCGGUCCAUACCGGCUUUCCUCAAACAGCUGAAAGACAUGGGGUUCGCAGGCGUGCAGAACUUCCCCACCGUUGGGCUUAUUGACGGACAGUUCCGAGCAAACCUGGAGGAAACAGGCAUGUCGUAUGACGCCGAGGUGGAGAUGAUCCGCCAGGCGCGGUCUCUGGACAUGCUCACCACGCCGUACGUCUUCAAUGUAGAGGAGAGCAAGAACAUGGCCGCCGCCGGCGCAGACAUCCUGGUGGCACACAUGGGUCUCACGACGAGCGGCUCAAUCGGAGCCACCACCGGCAAGAGCUUGGACGAGAGUGUCGCGCUGAUACAGAAUAUCCGAGACGCCGCUGCUGAAAUCAGCCCAGACAUUAUUGUCCUCUGCCACGGUGGACCGAUUGCAACCCCCGAGGAUGCAGAGUACGUACUGGCUAGAACGAAGGGUGUGCACGGUUUCUAUGGCGCGAGCUCUAUGGAGAGGUUACCCGUGGAGGAAGCCAUCACGAACAUCACAAAGACUUUCAAGGGUAUCAGGCCUGGGACUUAG